AUGAGCAUUAUUUUUAGAUUAGUACUAGGCCAGGAGGUGGUUCACCCAACAAUCAAACCAACCGUUUCCGAUGCAGACGAUGUGAAGGGGGAGCGGAAAAACUUAGACCCCGAAAUUUCUAGGUUGAACGGAUUACAAACUUCUCUUACAGACGAGAAAAACAGCACGAGAAAAUUAUCUAACAAGUCUCACGGCGGCACUACCACCUCUCAUCACUCGGACGGGCAAGAAAAUUCUUUUUUGGAAGCCUUCUCAACGGCUUUACCGCCACCAACGCUGCAAGCAGGGAGCGUUAAACCAAACUUAAAUAUUGAAAUUAGUGGAGGGAGUAAUGGCGAAAGCAGCAGACCAUCUGCUCGGAUGUUAAUUCUGCGUAUAAAAACCUGCACUGUAGCGCAGGAUCUUCGUGAUGCGCUAAACACGCUCACAGAAUGCGCCGAGCUCCCUUAUGAGAUGGAAGCGCAUGAGCUCACACAUAUUAUGAAGCUUUUGUCUACUUAUCGUGAUGAUCAUGGAGUUAUUGAAGCUGUGUUGCACGUUUUGUUGAAUCUUACGGAUUCCUCAACGUUCCCAGAAACUAUUGGGGAGGAUGACAAUACUUUGCUUUCGACCAAACUUACCCGCCGUGCGAUAUCGCAAAACGAGAAACAAAGUAUUCGUGAUCGCUUCGUGCGUGCGAUGUUUGACGGGGUGCCUCUUUUUCUAGAUCUUCUGAAGGAUAAAAACGUGAAAUCGCUCUCUGUGAUGUCACCGGUAUCCUCGCGUACGUCUACGUUCUGCUGUCGUUUGCGCGUGGUGCGGAUUCUUCGUCAUCUUCAAGAAGUCGAUCUGGCGCUUUUGCAGAAGCUAUUCCUCGAUUCUCAUGAGAUAGGUUUGGUGGUGGAUUUACUUAAAGAUCAACGAAACGGUGGUGCGUUACGCGGCGAGGUGCUUGAGCUGCUAUCCGCUCUUACCGCGACGGACGCCAAUUUGCAAACGAUUGUUGCUUUUAAUGGCGCGUUUGAUCUUCUUUUUUGUGUGAUAGAAGAGGAAGGCGGGGUUGAGGGGGGUGCAAUCGUUCCGGAUUGUCUCACCGUUAUUCACAAUAUGUUGCGCGGGAAUCGGGCAACACAAAAGCUUUUUAGAGAAAUGAGCUGCGCGAAGCAUUUGUGUGAUUUAUUUGACUUUAUUCCAAGAAAAUGCCAAGGGGGCAGGGCAGAGCCUACGGUAGCAGUACAGCCCUUAUCUCCAAGUCAAUCUACUAUUCUGAUGAUGGGGGUAUUAAUCUUGUCAUGUAUUUUAAAAGAGGCGGAUUCGAAGGAGGACCUGCAUACUACGCGCGAGUGCCUCUAUGCAUCUGGUGUUCUCGGCCCCUUAGUUAGGUUAGCUUUGUGUGGGUGUAUAAUUGAUGAGGGGGUUAGAAUCGAAUCCUUGCGCACGCUCGCCAGAUUUCUCAAGGAUUUCCCUCCUGCGAUAAACGAUUUUAUGAACUUAACCGAUGUUACGUCGUUGAUUCACGCGCAGCUACCGUGCAAGAAAGUUUAUUGGUCACCACUCCGCGUGGUGUUGGAGUAUCUCUUCACCAGCAACGACGCAACGCUGUUGGGUGCAUGCGUGCAGCUCACUCAGGCGCUUUUGAGCGUGCCGAGCUGCGAAGAAGUGGUUGCACACGCCUUGCUGGAUAACUUCGCGCCGUCCGCAAAGGUUGGUAAUUUCCGAAUAGAGGGGAGGUAUGAGCUCAAAUCCUGCGGGCAGGCGCUCGCGUGCGCUCUACUAGGGCCUACCCCGCAUGCAGUAGGGAAGUAUUACGCCGGGCUGCUGCUCGCACAGAUACUUUCGCUUUCAGACGUUGCGGAUCGUCUUCUGGAGAUGCCGUGGAGUGUGGAGUCCCCAGCUACUAGCACUAACUCGUUAUCAUCCUCAUUACUCGCUCUGCCCAACAAUUCUAGGGUGCUGCUCUCUAAAUACAUUCCGGUAACAUUUUUCAAUGCCUUUGUCUCGUAUUUUUUAUUUUGUGUUCAGGGAGGGCAUAUCAGCGAGCAGAUGGAUACGGCCGCGCUUGGGGCAUACACCCGAGCGGUGAUCGCGUGGUUUCACCAUGGGAAGAGCGCAAACGCGAUGAUUUAUUUCCUCAGCGACCCUCAGUGGUAUCCAAUCCUGCUUCAGCAAUCCCGCCGUGAAACUGGGCAAGUGAACAUUCGCUUCUGGUGUGCAGUCAUAGCGGCGGACCUCUGCUGCAUGGCGUCUUGCAUGUAUCAUUCAGACGAAACGACGAAGUCACAGCUUUCUCACCGCGGGAACUCUAGGCAGGAACCCCAAUCGCAGCACUCUAAGCUCGCGUUCGAUCAAAAUCACCUACUAAAGCUGUUUAUCGCGGAGCUCGGCGGUGUCGUUUUUCUUGAGAAUCUUCUUUUCGACGUCCAAGUGAGCACCAUGCAGUGGUCGAGCCCCGUUGUAAGCGCGUGGAUUUCGCCCUCUCCAGCGCUCUACGAUGUUGAGUUUGCACAGGUUCUGGAACAAAUCAUCGAUCACCUCAAAUCGAUUUACCCGGCGCUUUCUUCCUCUCUGCAAACACAAGCGUGGGAGGGACGGAGACGAUCCCAGUCAUCUUCAUUAAACGAUGCCUCCCAAACUCUGAUUCCGAGCAAGAUAACGGCUCAUAAGAUGAAUUCCUACAACCCCCUUUCGAAUGUGGGUGCACAUGAAACCACAUUUGUUAGCUCCAAAGUGAAUAAGCCUCUCGAGGAUUCGGUGAAUUACAUGGAUUCUAACGUAGAAGUAAUCCCGAUGGAGUCGUCCAAUUUCGUGCUGCCUGACGUAACCGGGGAUACCUUUGAUAUAAUUCGCGAUGCGGAGAGCGAAGAGCUGCGUUCACUGCGUGCGCAGAUGAAAACGUGUGAAGAUAAGUCAGAGAACUUGAGACUCGAGAACAGGAUGCUAAAAGACAAGCUAGCGAAACUGCAAAGUGAAUUGGAAAGUCAGAGUUUACAACAGUCGGAUAACUCGUUAGGAGGGAUCCAUUUUAACGGUAGUAAGAAUCAGGUAACGGUCGAAUCGGCGCGGCAGAGCGACGAGCAGCAAGAUUUAUUCCGACAGCAGAUUAACGUGAUACAAGAGCGACAUCAAAAUGAAGUUAAAGAGCUACAAGACAACAUUAAACUGCUUGAGGAUGCCCUGAACUCCAAGGAGGAAGAGCGUGUGCAGCUUGUAGAUUCCCUAAAUAUGCUUGAAUCACAGCUUGAUAGCAUGGCAGCCGCUGCAGAGAAACUUCAACCCCUUCAGGCCGCCUUAAUGAAUCAAGAGGAGAAUUUCCAAUCCAAAUCUCUUUUUUUGAGCUCUCCGACGGCAGAUAUCCCGAUCGGUGGCAUGGCUUGCAGCAACCCUCAUGAAACAACGGACGGCUUGGAGGUCGAGCGUAGUUGUCAGGAAAGAGAAUUAUCGCUUCAGAAGCAGUUAGAGGAGGUGACUGCGGAGCGAGAUGAUCUUCUUCUUCUUCUCGCGGAGCUUGCAGAUUCGCGAGCAGCUGCCCAAAGCAGUCCCGAUGCUGGUGAGCUUCAACCAAGGAAUCCCGGGCCACUAACGUUUCAGUGUGAUGCUGCCAUAAACGCCGCACCCCUUCAUCCCCCUGGGGCCAUUUCAGGCGAGCAAAUACGCCGCUGCGAUGGCGUGAAUUUGCAAUGUGACGGCAGCCGUAUUGAGCAAGAUCCGCGAUGGGGCGCAGGGAUGGAGGCGGGGGAUGAGGGUCAUACGCUGCCCGAGGGCCUGACCACGAUGCCAUCGCAACCGUUGCAUCGCUACAACGCGAUGCCUUCCAUUUCAUAUCCUUCACCACCAGAAAAGAACGAUGCCGAAGGAGAAGCGCACGGGAUAAUGCCUUUCCCACCGCAGCUCUCCGUUUCAACGUCCAACGAACAGCCUCAGUUACUGCAACCGCCAUCAAACUAUUGCUUUCCGCAUUUUGCUCGCUUCAGCGGCGGGAACGCCGAGGGAACGGCGUUGCCCACAACCUUAUCUGUUGAGAGCAGCGUCGAAAGGGGCGUUAUUGCGAGGGAAAAGGGAGAAUCAAUGGUAUUGCCACCUGUCGGAGAGGAGGGGUCUUUGAGAAAUGACAUCUCGCCAUCUGGGGAAGAAAAUCCGUUUCGAAAUAUCGUCUCCGCAGAAUACGCAUCGGAGGAUCCGACAGAGCUGUUUUUGGAAGGAAAAGCCGAUGUCGUCGUCGAAGGAGCUGUGGAAAGAGAUAUCGUGUGA